AUGGCUUUGGAAGAUGCUGAUAUGGUAAGGUGUGCUAUAUAUCUUCUGAAGGAUGAUGCUUUGUUAUGGUGGGAAGGAGCAUCCCUAUCCGUCGAUCCAAAUACACUUACUUGGGAGGGCUUCAAGGAGCUGUUCUACUCUAAAUACUUCACCGAGGAUAUACGUUCAAAGUUGACUAAGGAAUUCAUGACAUUAAGGCAGGGCGACCGUUCCAUUGUUGAGUUUGUCCGAGAGUUUGAUCGGGGGUGUUACUUUGUGCCCUUGAUAGCUAAUAAUCCUAAAGAGAAACUGAGGCACUUCAUUGAUGGUUUGCGGCCUAUCUUGCAUCGUGAUGUGAGGGUGGCAGACCCUAAGGAGUUUGCAGAGGCUGUGACCAGGGCCUUGAGGGCAGAGCAGGAUCAGAGGGAUAUUGAAGUUAAUAGGCAGGGCAAAGGACCAUAUCUGGUGCCUCACCAACAACCUCAACAACAGAAUAAGAGGAAAUUUAUUGAGCCAUCGAAAGUCAAGGGCCAGCAACCUCAGAUGCGAGUUGCCCCAAAGUCUAACGAUUAUCCAGUAUGCCCAAAGUGCCAGCGCAAACAUCCAGGACCUUGCAUGGUGGGAUCAGGAAAGUGUUUAAGAAGGGUAUUUGUGAUGCAAGCUGGGGAGGUAGAUCCAGACACUACUCUCAUUACAGGAAGAAUCCUUAUAGCAGGAGUAGCUACCAAAGCCUUGUUAGAUUCAGGGGCUACUCAUUCUUUUAUAUCAGACAUUUUUGUGGACUAUUUAGACAUCAAAACGGCCAGGCUCGACGUGAGUUACUCUGUGACAGUUCCAUCUGGGGAGGAGUUGUUAGCUACUUGUGUGGUCAGAGAUCUUGGUCUUGAGUUGCAAGGUCAUACUGUGCAAGCUGAUCUCAUUGUGCUACCAAUGCCAGAGUUCGACAUGAUUCUGGGUAUGGACUGGCUGAUGGCGAAUAGAGUAAUAAUUGACUUCCACUGGAGGUCGGUACUAAUCCGACCAAUAGGGAUGGAGCAGUUUGCAUUUGAGCCGGGUCGAUGUCAGCAGUUUCCGCGAAUGAUAUCUUGUAUGCAGGCUAGGAAACUUCUACUCACGGGCAGCCAGGCAUUCUUAGUGAGUAUUAUAGCGACCCCGGUAGUAGGUAGUCCAUCAUUGGAGGAGGUGGAAGUUGUUAGAGAAUUCCCUAAUGUUUUUCCCGACAAUAUUGUUGGUACCCCACCUGAGCGAGAAGUGGAGUUCUCUAUUGAGCUUAUGCCAGGUGCAAUGCCAAUCUCUAGGCACCAUACCGACUAG